UGGAAGAUGUCAGUAAACACCCCUUCCAACUCAGUGCCCGGGAGCACCAGUCGUUUCCAGGUCCAUGUCAUAAACGAGAGUCACGGCAGCAGCGCGGCCGUGAGCGACAGCGCACACCCCCCACUUUACGAAGAGACUUCUUUCGGGGACGAAGCCCAGAACAGACUGAGAAUCAGCUUUAGGCCUGGAAACCAGGAGUGCUACGACAAUUUCCUCCAGAAUGGAGAGACGGCUAAAACGGACACCACGUUUCACGCCUACGACACUCACACCAACACAUACUACCUGCAGACUUUCGGCCACAACACCAUGGAUGCCGUCCCCAAGAUUGAUUACUACCGCAACACAGGCAGCGUGAGUGGGCCCAAGGUCAGCAGGCCCAGCUUGCUGGAGAUCCACGAGCAGCUGGCCAAGAAUGUGACAGUGGCCCCUGGUUCAGCCGACAGGGUGGCUAAUGGUGACGGGCUACCUGGAGAUGAACAAGCCGAGAACAAGGAAGAAGACACAGCCGGUGUUGUGAAGUUCGGAUGGGUGAAAGGUGUGCUGGUAAGAUGCAUGCUGAACAUCUGGGGAGUCAUGCUUUUCAUUCGCCUCUCCUGGAUUGUUGGAGAAGCCGGAAUUGGUCUGGGAGUCAUCAUCAUUGGCCUGAGCGUAGUAGUGACAACACUCACAGGUAUUUCUAUGUCUGCUAUUUGCACAAACGGAGUGGUGCGAGGAGGCGGCGCCUACUACCUGAUUUCCCGGAGCCUGGGGCCCGAGUUCGGUGGGUCAAUAGGCUUGAUUUUCGCGUUCGCCAACGCAGUGGCUGUUGCCAUGUACGUGGUGGGGUUCGCGGAGACCGUGGUGGACCUUCUUAAGGAGAGUGAUUCCAUGAUGGUGGACCCAGCCAGUGAUAUCCGGAUCAUCGGUUCCAUCACUGUGGUCAUCCUUCUAGGGAUCUCGGUAGCUGGGAUGGAAUGGGAAGCAAAGGCUCAAGUGAUUCUCCUGGUCAUUCUUCUCGUUGCCAUUGCAAACUUCUUCAUUGGGACUGUCAUUCCAUCCAACAAUGAGAAGAGAGCCAGAGGCUUCUUUAACUACCAAGCAUCCAUAUUUGCCGAAAACUUUGGACCAAGCUUCACAAAGGGUGAAGGCUUCUUCUCGGUCUUUGCCAUCUUUUUCCCAGCUGCUACUGGAAUUCUUGCUGGUGCCAACAUCUCUGGAGACCUGGAGGAUCCUCAGGAUGCCAUCCCCAGAGGAACCAUGCUGGCCAUUUUCAUCACUACUGUUGCCUACAUAGGAGUUGCUAUUUGCGUAGCGGCAUGUGUGGUCCGAGAUGCCACUGGAAACAUGAAUGACACCAUCAUUUCUGGAAUGAAUUGCAACGGGUCUGCAGCCUGUGGGCUGGGCUAUGACUUCUCAAGAUGUCAGCAUGAACCGUGUCAGUAUGGGCUGAUGAACAAUUUUCAGGUCAUGAGCAUGGUGUCAGGGUUUGCCCCCCUCAUCACCGCAGGAAUCUUUUCCGCAACACUGUCUUCGGCCCUGGCCUCCCUCGUCAGUGCGCCCAAAGUAUUCCAGGCUCUGUGCAAGGACAACAUCUUCAAAGGACUGAAGUUCUUCGCAAAGGGCUAUGGGAAAAACAACGAGCCCCUGAGAGGCUACUUUCUCACUUUUGUGAUAGCCCUGGCAUUCAUUCUUAUCGCGGAUCUAAAUGUCAUCGCACCCAUCAUCUCCAACUUCUUCCUGGCCUCAUAUGCACUUAUUAAUUUCUCCUGCUUCCAUGCCUCAUAUGCCAAAUCUCCAGGAUGGAGGCCAGCGUACGGGAUUUACAACAUGUGGGUCUCUCUUUUGGGAGCGGUUCUGUGCUGUGCAGUCAUGUUCGUCAUCAACUGGUGGGCAGCUGUCAUCACCUACGUCAUCGAGUUAUUCCUCUAUAUCUAUGUGACCUAUAAGAAGCCAGACGUGAACUGGGGUUCCUCCACACAGGCUCUCUCCUACGUGAGUGCUUUAGACAACGCUCUGGAAUUAACCACAGUGGAAGACCACGUGAAAAAUUUCAGACCCCAGUGCAUUGUGUUAACAGGGGGGCCCAUGACAAGACCUGCUCUCUUGGAUAUAACCCACGCCUUUACGAAGAACAGUGGCCUCUGCAUCUGCUGUGAAGUCUUCGUGGGACCCCGCAAGCUGUGUGUUAAGGAGAUGAACAGCGGCAUGGCUAAAAAACAGGCCUGGCUUAUAAAGAACAAAAUCAAGGCUUUUUAUGCUGCGGUGGCAGCCGACUGCUUCAGGGAUGGUGUCCGGAGUCUCCUUCAGGCCUCAGGCUUGGGGAGGAUGAAGCCAAACACCCUAGUGACUGGGUAUAAAAAAAACUGGAGGAAAGCCCCCCUGUCAGAGAUUGAGAACUACGUGGGAAUCAUCCAUGAUGCCUUUGACUUUGAGAUCGGUGUGGUCAUAGUCAGGAUCAGCCAAGGGUUUGACAUUUCUUCCGUUCUCCAGGUUCAAGAUGAACUGGAGAAACUGGAACAGGAGAGACUGGCUCUGGAGGCCGCAAUCAAGGACAACGAGGAUGAGGAGGGGAAGGGGGGCAUCCGAGGCUUGUUCAAGAAGGCUGGCAAGCUGAACAUUACCAAGCCGGCCCCUAAAAAAGACGGUAACAUCACCACCAUCCAGUCAACACAUGUGGGGGAGUUCAAUCAGAAACUGGUGGAGGCCAGCGCCCAGUUUAAAAAGAAACAAGGAAAAGGCACGAUUGAUGUCUGGUGGUUAUUUGAUGAUGGAGGGCUAACACUUCUUAUCCCAUAUAUCUUGACUCUCAGAAAAAAGUGGAAAGACUGUAAAUUAAGGAUCUAUGUUGGAGGAAAGAUCAACCGCAUCGAGGAGGAAAAACUUUCAAUGGCUUCUCUACUCAGCAAAUUCAGGAUAAAAUUUGCAGACAUCCAUAUAAUUGGAGACAUCAACAUUAAGCCAAACAAAGAGAGCUGGAAAGUUUUUGAAGAGAUGAUUGAACCUUAUCGGCUCCAUGAAAGCCACAAAGAUUUGACCACUGCUGAGAAAUUAAAAAGAGAAAGUCCGUGGAAAAUUACAGAUGCAGAACUGGAAGCAGUCAAGGAAAAGAGUUACCGCCAAGUUCGCCUGAAUGAGCUCCUACAGGAACACUCCCGAGCUGCCAACCUGAUCGUGCUGAGCCUUCCAGUGGCAAGGAAAGGAUCUAUAUCGGAUUUGUUGUACAUGGCGUGGCUAGAAAUUCUGACCAAGAACCUCCCUCCUGUGUUAAUGGUUAGAGGAAAUCACAAAAAUGUCCUGACAUUUUACUCUUAAAGCAUCAAAGAUAAGAAAUGUACCUUGGUGUGUGAAUAAUUAUGAAAUACAUCUGCUACUUUGUGUUGUAAAACCUCAUCCGUGAAUAUACAAACCUCUGGAGGCUAGCCUAUCCGAUUCUACAUAAAUUUUGUCUUUAAAAAAAAAAGUUAUUAAUGAGAGCUUUUCCCACCAGCUUAAGAAACAUCGAAAGCCAUGAUGUUGCUAGAAAACUAUUUUGUCGUUGUUGCUGGUAAGCAAGAAAUUAAUACCUGGCUGACGUGCUUAUAGUCCUUGCUAAUCUGGAUGAAAGCUCCAGGCAAAUUUAAUCUCUUGUUUCCAUGGCGUCUGCUGCACGGCCCUGGUGCAGGCCUCAGGCCCACAGCAGGCUCUCCAUAAACACCAACAGGCCGGGAGGGUGACCGCAGGUGGCUAUCACAGAAAAAGAGCCACUGGGUCAGCGGCACGAUUCUGCUUGGCCUCCUGAGAAGUUUGUGAAGAUUUAAAAAUCAAUAACGGAAAACUUCAGGAAGGACCAGAAUCUGCAAAGUGUUCAAAGCAGUUGCCUAAAUAAGGUUUAUUUAAUGCAGCAGAUAGUGAGCUUACAAGUGACCCCUGCUAACAUGUAGCCUGCAUUUGCUGCUAGCUGGCGUUGUCUUAGCGAGGUGAGAAAGAGAUGCAUGCUCCAGUUAAAUGAAACAGAGUCGAUUCUUAACAUAUAAAUUGUCUUCCUGGCUAAAUAUUUUGAAAUCUCUACCUUAGUACUAUUUUGCUUUUUUUUUUCCCUCUAAUUCUUUGCAUAGAUGAAAUCAAAAUAAAUGUCUCAUUGAAAAAUAAUCUCACCGAUUUCCAAUCCACUUUAAAAAUGUAUCCAGACCCUACCACUUAUUAACUUUCUAUAUAAACAGUUACGUGGGCUUUAAAGAAUAAAUAAGAUAAGAGCGGAGACACUUGUAAAGUUUAAGACUACAGGUGCUGAUUUUUCUUCUUCUUGUUAGUGUGUGUAUAAUAUUUAAUCACAGAAAAAAAACCUCAAAAAUUGUUUAUCCGAUAAAUGGCUUGUUUUUGUUUUUUUCUUGGCAUAUUUUAUGGCUGCUCUGGGGAAACACGUUGGGGCAAAUUGACCUGAAAUAAAAAUCACUAAAAUUUGUUUGCUUGGGCAAA